AUGGUGAAUAACACAUGCAGGUAUGGCAUGUUCUCUUUCAUGGACGGAUUCAGCGGAUACAAUCAAGUAAAGAUGUCCGCAGAAGACGCGCACAAAACGGCGUUCCAGACUCCGUAUGGAAACUUCUAUUAUGUAGUAAUGCCAUUCGGUCUAAAGAAUGCGGUUGCCACUUACCAACGGGCGAUGGUGGCAAUUUUCCAUGACAUGAUGCAUCAGAUUAUGGAAGUUUACAUAGAUGAUGUGGUGGUUAAGUCUCGAGAUCGAGAGGACCAUCUAGAUCACUUGAGACGCGUCUUUAAUAGAUGUAGGAAGUAUCGUUUAAAGAUGAAUCCUCUCAAAUGCGCCUUUGGAGUUACCUCCGGGAAAUUAUUUGGAUUCGUUGUUACAAACGAAGGAAUACAGUUUGAUCCGAAUAAAGUCGAAGCAAUAACUACUAUGAGGGCGCCUGUAAACGUAAAAGAGUUACAAACUUUCAUAGGAAGAAUCUCUUAUGUCCGGAGAUUCAUCCCUGGGUUGGCACAGUUGCUGUCGGUAUUCACACCACUAUUAAAGAAGAAUAAACAGUUUGAAUGGGGAGAACAUCAAGAGCGGGCCUUUCAGAAAUUAAAAGAAUGCUUUGUCAUAACAAAGGUCCUACGACCUCCUGUCAAGGGUGAACCCCUGUAUUUAUAUACAACAUUCACCAAUGUGGCAAUUGGGGAACUUUUGGGUCAGGACAUCGGCAAUGAUCAGUUACGUCCGAUUCAUUAUAUCAACAGAGGCUUUCGGGAUGCGGAGUUCAGAACAGCUUGCUGGUUACUUCAAUUAUCUGAGUUCGAAUUGAAAUACCAACGGUCUAAAGGAGUGCGCGGGCAAGCAUUUGCGGAUCUGCUGGCUGCGUUUCCGGGAAUGGAUAUGACAGAGAUAAGUGAUAAAAUACCUGGGGAAGUCGCAGAAGUUGAAGAGGAAGAACGAUGGACGAUGUUUUCUGAUGGAUCGUCAUAUGGUUCCUACGGAGGAGCAGGGAUAGUUUUUGAAACACCAAAGAAAGAACUAAUGUCGUUCGCUUUCAAGCUAGACUUCGAAUGCAGCAAUAAUGUUGCGGAAUAUGAAGCGUUAAUUCUCGGGUUACGGAUGGCAGAAGAGCUCAAAUUAGGGGCUAUCGAUGUCAAAGGGGAUUCCAAGCUGGUUAGAAAUCAUAUAUCAAGCGACUUCCAGGUAAAAGAAGCACAUCUAGUACCCUAUCGAGCGGAAGAUCAAGAACUAAUAGCAAGAAGAGGGAGCGCUGUGGUCGAGUAUACCGGAAGAUCAUCCAAUAGGCAUGCGGAUGCCUUGGCCACCUUGGCAGCAAAGUUACCUUUGAAUGAGGCCGAUGAAGGAACCAUAGUGGUGAAAAGAAGAGCGUUGCCUAGCACAUGGAAAGAGGACGCGGCAUUUGAACUGAAGGAUGAUUGGAGGACAGCAUACCUCGAGGACUUGACUAAAACAGCGGAUGAGCAGUUACUGCCUACCAAAGUGCUAAAACAAUUCGUCGUGGUCCGAGGGGCAUUAUACUUCCGAACGUCCGGAGGGGCAUUGUCACGAUGUGUAGGAAAAACAUAA